UUCAGCCAUAAAGUCUGCAUUGUUUAUGCUAGAAGUGGAGGAGGAGGAGGAGGAGGGGCGGUGGUGGUGGGGGGAGGAGAGGCUGGACAUAGUCUGACUUCAAGAGGACACAAAGUAGAAGUGGGAGGGAAAACCGACCGUGAUUACUCUUAUUCCCACACUGUUGAACGGCAAAACUUUUUUCCAAAACUUCCUUCCCAGCGACUAUCACCAGCAGCGGCUCCACUGCUCCUGCUCUCACCGCGACACCGGCCCAGGUCAGCGACAGUGACCGCCCAGGAGGGCUGUCAUCGCGGCACGGAGCUUCCGCGGACCCCGGGGACUGAAUUUACCGGCGAGAUUAAAAGCAGACUACCAAACGACCGUAUGGGCUGGAUUAGUGAAUGUUAGCUUAGUGUAUUUCUAUUUUUUCGUGAGCGUCAAGCGAAGUGACAUGAUGUUGGGUAACCCCGGGAUUUAUGCUGCCAAGAAGCGGAAGAAGCCCGUUCAGAAACCUAAGAAGCUCCCGGGUGUCGAUGGAGUCGUCAAAUCAAACCCCUCCAAGCGCCACCGGGAUCGGCUGAACGGGGAACUGGACCGGCUCACGGACCUCCUGCCCUUCCCAGAGGACAUUCGCUCUCGUCUGGACAAACUGUCCGUCCUCCGCCUCAGCGUGGGCUACCUGCGGGCCAAGAACUUCUUCAAAGCGACCAUGAAGAAAAGCAGUGUCAUGUUUCCGAGAGGGAAUGGGCUCAACGGGAAUGGGAUGGAUACCUCUGGCUUUUCUGAAGGGGACCUCCUGCUUCAGGUGCUGAAUGGGUUUGUGAUGGUGAUCACUGCAGAGGGAUUGGUGUUUUAUGUCUCUCAUACAAUCCAAGACUAUCUGGGUUUCCAUCAGUCGGAUGUGAUCCACCAGAGUGUGUAUGAGCUCAUCCACACUGACGACAGGGCCUUGUUCAGACAGCAGCUCCACUUCGCUCUCAACCCCAAACCCAUGGGCACCGAUCAAGACGGAAACGUCAUGCAGUGUGACGGUGAUACAGUGAAGUAUGACCCCGAGCAGCUUCCCCCAGAAAACUCCUCCUUCCUGGAGAGAAAUUUUGUGUGUCGCUUGCGCUGCCUCCUGGACAACUCCUCCGGCUUCCUGGCCCUGACAUUCCAGGGGCGACUGAAGUACCUUCAUGGACAGAGCGUUAUGAGCAGCGACGGGUCACGAAUACACCCGCAGCUGGCUCUGUUCGCCAUCGCCACGCCUGUCCAGCCUCCGUCCAUUUUGGAGAUCAGAACUAAAACGCUCAUCUUUCAAACCAAGCACAAGCUGGACUUCACUCCUACAGGCGUCGAUACCAGGGGGAAGGUUAUUCUGGGUUAUUCGGAGAUUGAGCUGUGUAUGAAAGGCUCCGGCUACCAGUUCAUCCAUGCAGCUGACAUGAUGUACUGCGCCGACAACCAUGUUCGCAUGAUAAAAACAGGAGAAAGCGGUAUGACUGUUUUCAGGCUCUUGACUAAAUCAGGCAGCUGGCUGUGGGUGCAGGCUAAUGCCAAACUGGUGUACAAAAAUGGAAGACCGGACUUCAUCAUUGCACGUCAGAGAGCUUUAGUCAAUGCCGAGGGCGAGAACCAUCUUCGCCAGAGGAGGCUGCAGCUUCCCUUCGGCUUCACCACAGGAGAGGCACUCCUCUAUGAGACGGGCCCCACGCUGGACAUCGCAUCACAUUUUUCAGAAUUCGGCAGCUUCAACAGUAAGGCCAAGGAGGACGUGGACCCCGGUUCUCUGCUGGGCUGCUUCCUGAGUCAGGACAAGAACGUCUACACCCAGACAGUGGAGCCCACGGUACCUGAGGACCAGGUGUUCACAGACACCUGGGCCCUGCUCAACGUGCCCAGUAAGAUGUGGCAGGACGACCAGCCCAUAGACGGCACAGAUGGCCCCGCCCCAGUGAAGGCAGAAGCUGAGCAGUCAGUGGUGGCUAUGAUUGACACCCUGGAAAAGAUGGCACAGGACGGUGGCUUGUGUGAGGCGCUGCAGGGUCUGGAGGUCAAUCCUGCAGAGCUAAUGGAGUGGGAAAACGCUCUCAUGAAACUGAGUCAGGACAACGAUCAACAGAAUACCAUGCCUGAGCUGGACAGCAUCCUCACCAGUGACAUAUUUGCCUACAUGGAUUCUGUUUUGUUCAAGGAGGCUAAUUUAAAUACCAGCCAGCCCACCUACCUGGAAACAGUCACCAGUAAUCAAGACGAGUCCUUCGGUCAGGCGGUCCAGCCCUCAGCUGCAGGACUGUGUGAACCACAGUUGUUCCAGAGACCCAGCACUGACCACACUCCGGCUCCAGUGAAUGGUCUCUGUGCUCAGCAGCAGGCCAUAAACAAUGGACCAGUGAGCACAGGGCAAACCUUCGCACAACCCGCUCAAAUAUUCAACAACACACAGAAACUCUCCCAUUAUGGUCCCCCGGUCCUUCAGUCUGACGCCAGCGCCCCCUCCCUUCAGCAGCUGCAGCUUGAGGACAUUUUCAGCCCUUUAAUAGAGCUCCCAGAACUCAGUCUCCCUGCUAUCUCAGGUAAUGAUGUCCCAUUUGAGUCCCGUGGGCAGGUAUCCGUCAACCACAUGGCCUGCCAGCAGGGGAUUCCUGGCCAAACACAGUCAAACCAACUUCAGCAGUUUUCUGUCAACGGCAUGCAGACUCCUCCGGGGGCAGCAAACGGACAGUUGCUUCAGAGUUGUGUUCCACAGCCAAACGCCGCAGCUCCCAGUGUAUUGGACAAUUUGCCAUCUCUGAUUCCUUGCAAUGACUUUUCUUCCCCUAAUGAAUCUAGCACACAACGUGCUCCCAUUCCCUUUCCCACAGCCUGCCUGCAGGGAAACGCCCCAUUUCAAACGCACAAUAACCACAGGAUUCAGCAGUGGCCACACACCCAGCAGCAGAAGCUGCCUCCUGCUAGCGUCACGCAGAACGGACAUAAGCCGAUACCAGCAUGUCACAGCCAAGUCCCCUCAAGCCAAAGAUUCCCUCCUGCUGGCAUUUGGCCGCGGAGUAUCAACGGAGUGAACCACACUCAACAGGGAGGGCUGGCAGAUGGCCAGGCGGCUCCUCCCAGCAGCUGCAUGUUUGAGAAACACUCGCUCCCCCUACCUAACGGCACUGGCGUCACUCCCUCUAGCUCAUCCUGCCAGAGGGGGAAUGAUGGCCCUCUGGACCAGAGCCCUACUCAAGCUUCCUGUUACUUCCAGGUGGGCCGGAGUGAGCCUGUGGUGGGCACCUCAGUCAUCAUCCAGGAGAGCGCCAGCAUCAGCCCCCCGUCUCACCCUCUGCAGCUCGACAUGUCCUCCCCUCAGGACCUGCUGGUCAUGCAGCGCUACCUGGAAUACAACGAGCAGACGCAGCAGAACUCAAGACUUCCUGCUGAAAGCAACGGACUGUUUGCCGUACAGCCUCUUGGGGAUAUAAAUAUGUAUUUUCCAGAGCAGACACAAACCAACUGUUGCAACUUCUGAAGACGCAGAAAAUUGUUUCCCUGAAAGGGACAAAUGGAGGACAAGAGAAGGACAAAACACAUAAUUAGCCUGUAUCAGCGCUUAUCCAGAGACUUAUAUGCUUAUCGUGAUGUGACUCUGGGCAAUUUUUUUUAUAUUGCUUUGUUUCAUAUAUUGUUAUGUACAAUGUGUACUGUAUAAAAGCAGUAGCCUGAUAAUGAAGUAUAAAGCCACAAGUGCAUUUACCAGGAUGGAGCUAGAGCCAGCGAGAGAGAUUGGUAGAGAUUUCCCAAAUUACCAAAGGAAUAUGUCUUUAUGAGGGAAGUAGAAAUCUUCACAUCCCCGUUUCUGUUUUGAUCUGUAUGCAUAAAAUGCAAGAAAUAGAAAAAAAAAAAAAAAAAAAAAACUUUUGUUUUUUCUCCAAAGAAAACAAUCUCAUGUAAGCAUUGCAUUCCAAAAUGAGCCAUAAGUCCAUAAUUUGGAUUUUUUCGACAAAAUGAUCACUGGCACUUAAAUAAAGCUCACUGUGAAUUAUUAGUGAACGUAAAUAGCUAUCUUAAGAUCCAGUUGUGCGUACAAUUCAAUAUCAUCGCUACAGAUAAAAACUGUCUGUAUUUACAAAAAAAAAAAAAAAAAAUCAAAAUAAAUACAUAGCAUUUUGGACUGAAGCCCUUUAAAAGGAUGUAUAUGUAUCUAUACAUAAUAUAUGAAUAUAACUUGUACUUUCUGUGUUUGUUUGUAUCUGGAUAUGUUCCAGGAAAGAUACACCAUCUCCCUUUUUUUUUUCUUUUUUCUUUUUUCUUUUUUUCAGCUGGCUUUGGCUCAAAUAAUUGUAUCCUCAAAUAUGUACAGAAUGCAGUACCACGUGAUGCAUGUGUUUACCCAUAAAGGCUCUAUUGCCAUUUAAGAAGUUUAUAAGUAGUAUAUAUAUAAAAGGAAAAGAAGUACGAAAUACUAAAAUGUAAGACCAACAAUAACAACUAACAUCCAAACCAAGCGAGUCCAAGCGAGUCGUAGAUCACUAAUGAAGAAUGAAGCGGAUUGUAUCUUCAGUCAUUUUAUGUCCGAUGACUCCCAAAGUCGGCGUCUGCGUCUGUUUUCAGAAAAAAAACGUGACGGAUCGUGCCUGUCCCUGACGCUGACAGUAUUCAUCCUGCUUGUUUUCCUGUAACGCCCUCAUAUUUUUCAAGUAAAAUUUUCUGGUAUUAUACACACACACUCUGAGCCAUGUACAGACAUAAUAGCCCUACACAUCUGCCUGUGCUUGUAAAAAAAAAAAAAAAAAAAAAAAAAAAAAAAAAAA